AUGUUUGAGCAGGUGAGGGGCUAUAUACGCCUUCAUAAGCACGAUGCAGCCGAAUCCUUCAGGGACACGUUUUCUCCGUCGCGGAUCUUCGCCCAGAUCGUGCUCCUCCAGAUCUUCUACUACUCGGUGGCAUUCAUACUUUUUUAUUUCACAGCAUCAGUUGCCGGUUACACGUUCGAUUUUGGCUGGAUUUUCUCGUGGGAGCUGAUAUCGUUUGGAAACACUCUUGGAUGGACUUUGAGUCUUUUGUGGUUAAUAGAUUCUUUGAUAUGUGUGAUGUUUAUGACUGUUAUAGUGGGGAGGAGUAAACUUGCGUGGGAUUUUGCACUCACAAUACAUGCUGUGAACCUCCCUGUGUGCUGGUUAUACUCGGGCUCAUUUCCAAAACAUGCUAUGUGGUGGUUUUUGCAAUCAGUGUCUAGUGCGCUGAUGGUUGGUCUUGGUACCUGGACCACCAGGUGGAAGGAGCUGAGAGAAACGUUCUUUGAGGGUUUACUGGACCCUGAAACUGGUCGCGUUGCAGACAUUGAGUCUGCUAAACCUUCUGAAUCCAUUCCGAUGCAGAACUUACAGCCAGAGUGA